AUGGACACAUUUCCGCUUUUCCGUUUACAGUUGAAUCUACUUGGAAUCACAUUACCUCUGUACCAGCCUUAUUUACACUUCGCCCAACGAAGAUAUAUUUUCCCCGCUGUUCCUUUAUCCACCGGUGAUUGUCGCAUGGGUUACCUGUUUCGCAUGCAAUUACGUAAUCCAAGUGCACGGGCCGUGCAGUACCAAGUAAGCCCAUUGCGUUGGCCUCCGGAUUCAGUACACCCGAAUAGGAUGCUCAAAAACGACGCUGAUCAACCGACCGCUCUCGGUGGGUGUGAGUAUGAUAUGCCCGUACUGUGUUGCUCAAAUCGUGUCGGAGUGGUUGCGGCUAAUGGUUUCAGUCAACUGGAAUGGCGUUUUCGGCCGUUAGAAGCAAAAUCGUAUAUGGCUUACUGCCCUAUUCGCAUUCGAGAUGCUCUGGGCACCUCCCUACCCACUGACACGAGGUCCGAUGAAACUCCGGGACAAGGAUAUAGCGACACAAUAAUGUUGGAAUUAGUCGCGAUCGCUUACGAUCCGCGUCAAUUUGGAUCGCAACAGGUACCAGUACAUCCACAACGCGUUCGAUUACCCACUGUAAGAGAGCGACAUGCAAUUUCGCCUGAUAUGGAUCCGAAUACUCAGUCCUCGCAACUAGACAGUACCCCACGAAGAUUAGCACUGGACAGUAUCGCUCCGGUCCAUUUGUCGCACCACUUUCUCAGCCUGGACCGAGUGACUUUGGGUUCACGCGCUCGGCGGCUCAUUCACCUCACCUAUAGCACAUCGUCCAGUGUGACCCAGGGAGCACCGAACUAUCGUUUCUUGUUUUACACUCGACUUCCAGAAGAUAUGGAGUUCUUGGAAAUUCGACCUCUGGUUGGACGUAUUUGUCCUGGUCAAUCCAUCCAAGUUGAGAUUGUCUAUACCGCCUUAGGUAUUCCCCGACUUUUAGAUAUGGAACUUACUUGUGAGCUACGAGAUGAAGCUUCUGAACAAAGUUAUGAAGAAGCAAUGACUCUUUGGCAAUCGGAAUGUGAGCGACGUCGUGUGGAAUUCACCAUUUCCGACCAGUAUCCAGCAGACGGAUUGAGUGGUUUCCGAGGUAAACCCGGUCGCCUUCGAACCACCGGUGGUGACAUCACUCUCAAUCAACCGAUGCCACCCAAACCUCGCCUGUUACAUCUCACCCUCGGUGUUGAGGUGGUCAGUCACGGGGAACUAAAAAGAAACUGGCCCGACACAUGGAAGAGAGAGUUUAUUGACAGUAAUCCUACGUUCCAGAGUCUAUUGGAAACCACACUAGCACAGACUGUGCGCAAUAUUCUGAUGGAGGCAAAUGAACACGAGGUUGAGUUGACCGUUCGGUAUCGAGCAGUCGUUGUUCCACCGACACCCUCAGAUCUAGCAGACAAACAGAAUGGGAAAUCCAGAAAUCUACACGAAACGGAUAUGGAAGAUGUGAACAGUACAGUGGACCAAAUUUAA